AUGAGCGAUGCAAAUGCAAAUGCAACAGCAACAGCAACAGCAACAGCAACAGCAACAGCAACAGAUUCAUCUACUAAUGAGGGUGAACCCAGUGGAAGUGUGGGAGAUAAUAAUAAGGGUUCUCCUUUGUGGAAAUUUGUUACGGUCCUUGUUCAACCUAAGAAAGGUGAAGGAGGCAAUUGUACAUUCAAGUGUCAUUUUUGCAAUGGUACUUUCAAUGGAUCACAUUAUAGAGUGAGGUUGCAUCUUCUCAAGAUUAGUGGCAAAAGGAUUAGAAUAUGUAGGUCAAUCCCGGACGAGAAGAAAAGAGAGGUUGAAGGCUUGGUAGAAGCUUAUGAGACCGGUAAAAAGAGAGGACAACCUAGACUAGUUCCUCUCCCUUCAUCAAGCAUUGAAGGUUCUUCAAGUGGAAGUACAUAUGGGCUAGAUUUAAUGGAUGAAGUAGUGGAGGUUCCAAAGAAGAGGAAGGGAGUAAGUGGACCGCUUGAAAAGGCGUUCAAUAACAAUGCUAGAGAACAAUUGGAUUGUGAAAUAGCAAGAAUGUUUUAUACCGGUGGUUUGUCAUUCAACCUUGCCAAGAAUCCACACUAUAUUCAUUCUUAUAAUCGGGCUUCUUCUUGUCCAAUUCCUGGUUAUCGGCCACCUGGUUAUAAUGCUUUGAGAACCACUCUUCUACACAAAGAAAGGAUGCACAUUGAGAAGAUGUUGGAACCGAUUAAGCUCUCAUGGCAACAAAAGGGUGUUAGUGUGUGUAGUGAUGGGUGGUCCGAUUCUCAAAGAAGACCAGUUAUCAAUGUUAUGGCAGCUUGUGAAUCUGGACCUAUGUUUUUGAGAGCAGUGAACUGUGAAGGGGAUUCGAAAGAUAGGUUCUUCAUUUCUGACUUGCUCAUUGAUAGUAUUUUGGAGAUUGGUCCACAACAUGUUGUCCAGGUAAUCACUGAUAAUGCUAGCAAUUGCAAAGCUGUUGGAGCUAUUAUUAAUGCUAGAUUUCCACACAUAUUUUGGACUCCAUGUGUUGUGCAUACACUAAACCUUGCUUUGAAGAACAUAUGCACACCAAGUUCCAUUACUUCUAAUAAGGUUGCUUAUGAUGCAUGUAAUUGGAUUUCACAAGUUGCUGAGGAUGUGUGGUUCAUAAAGAAUUUCAUUAUGAACCAUGAGAUUUAG